UAAUUUUAUAAACAAGUGAUUUUGUAAUCAGGUGCUUUGCAGACUUUUGAGUUUGUUAUGUUUCACGAAUUGUGAAUUGUAUACAAAUUUCAGCGAAAAUGGAUUUAAAAUUUCGACUUUUUGUGUCUGCAUUGUUAUGCACGUGGAUUCACGUCUCCAAUGGACAAUCACCCUUCCAACUAAAUUAUAGCCCGUUUGUGCAACAAAAUUUUGUGGAUCCGACGCGACAGCUGUCUACGACGCAACAGGGUCAUAUUUUGAGCGAUAUACAACAACACCAACAUAGAUUCGCGCAACAUCAACAAUUACAACAGCAGGCGAAACCAUUGCAUCAACAGUUGCCAGGUUUGCAGCCCGUUAAUCAACAACUAUCAUUGCCUCAACAAAGUCGUUCUAUACCAGGAUCACCCAUUCAAAUCACCCCAUCGCAACAGGUAGUAUUUCCGUCAGCUCCCAGUCAGUAUUUGCACGACCAACAAAGUCAAAACAGUUUCCGUGCUAGUGUGCCACUGACACAAAAUCAAGUGCACCAACAUCAUACACAAACUGCAUUUACCCCAAACUAUAUUCAGCAGCAACAGUUAUUACAACAACAACGUCAGCAUCAACAGCCGCAACCGAUACAACAAACAAGACCAUUGCCGCCGAUUCAACAACCUCAUCAUAUUCCACAAAUUCAACAACAAUACCAGCAUAUAAAUCAGCAGCAACAAUAUCAAAUUCAGCAGCAAUCGAAACAAAUUAUUCCAACUCAAGCUCAGCCUCAUAUACCACAACAAAUAUUAUCAUCGCAAAUUCCACAGUUACCAUCACUUUCUCCGCAGAUUCCGUCUCAAAUUCCAUCUCAAAUUCCAACUCAAGUACCAUCCCAAGUUCCUUCAACUCAAUCGCAAGGUUUGCUUAGCCAACCGACUCUACGAUAUCACCCAACAUCUGAUUCAGUAUUCACGCCAGAUCAAAAUUUGCAAUUUCAGCAACAGCAAUUUAUUGAAAAUCAAAGACAACAACAAAGAGCCAAAGAAUUAAGAGAAAAGCAAUUAAUAAUAAAAAAACACGAGGAAUUUGUGGCCAAGCAACAACAAAAGCAGCUGCAAAAAGUACAACAACUUCAUCAAGAAUUUGUAGAGAAAGAGUUGAAAAAGCAAGCUCCAUUGUAUCAAACACAAUAUCCCGAAUUUGUUGAGCCCACAAUUUCCCAGUCAAAUUUAAAAAGCAAACCUGUUCAAACAUCUCAUGAUUUAGAAGCAUUCCAAAAAGCAUUGAAAAUUUAUAAUGAUUUACAUCCCACCACAACAACUACUACCACUACUACUACAACAACAACCACCACAACGCCACCCCCACCUACAACUGUGAGAACUAGGCCACCGAAAAUAACUAGAGCUCCCAAACAACAACGACAACGAAAGCAAAUUUACUCUCAAAUCAGACAUACUGUGCAACAAGAUACAAGCAAGGAAUCCACCGAAAGAGUUAUUAAGCAAAAAGUACCGAAGUUAUAUGAACGAGAAGAUCUCUUGAAGCAAUUAAAGUUGGCUAUAGGGGACAAUCCCACUGAUAGCUUGAAACCGACUGAAGUAGUUUUACCAAACGGUCAACGUGUACAAGUAAUACCUACGACUGAUCCAAAAUUAGUUCAAGGUGCUAUACCUCUUUCAACAGAUAUUACAAAAAUUAAAACAACACAACCGAGCACUACAGCUAAGCCAAGCAGAGAAAUUUUCGAAGAGUUAACAAAGGGUGUAUUGCCUCCAGGUGCUGAAUAUCAAGUUAUUCAUCAAAGCGGCGAUGGUAAAUUGGAAGAAGUCGGUGCCUUGCCACAAAAUAUUCCAAAUAAAAAACCCGUGACAUUUGUUGUUUUGGAGGAACAAGAAGACGGAUCGUUUAAAGUACAAGGUGUUCGAGGAAAUGGAGAUAAAAAAGAAUUAACUUCAGGCCCCGAAUAUGAAGCAGUUCUCCAAAGGAUAAAAGACGGUGAAAUUAAGUUACCAGAAGGUGCUAAGCCUCUGACAACGACGACUACAACGACCACGACAACAACGGUUAAACCAACAACUUAUCGUAAUAGAUUCUCCAUAUCAACUAGAAGGCCCGAACAUGUUACUUAUCGUAAAUAUGAAACUGACAGCACGUCCGCCUCUCACAGAGAGCCAAUUUUCAGGCCUAAUCCAACGAUAGUGUCAACUACAACUAACAAUACACCAGCACGUAAGGUAUUUCUGCCAACCGCUCCAUCUGCAGACCCUUCACCGUACUCAACAUUACCAAGCGUCCAAUCCACAGCAAAUUCACCUCAUUAUUAUGAUGUUGUAAGUGGCAUAUCAAGCACAAUUUUACCACCCACCACUAGACCAAGGGUCACUCCAUCAUCAGAGCAAUAUGUAAGACCUAGUGAAAGCUCAACGCAUAAAUCAUAUUCACAUAGAAUUCCAGAAUUAACAGAAGUUCUCAAAAAUGAAGGAUUAUUUGCAAUGUCAAGAUACCUGAAGCAAUCAGGAUUGGAUACUAUUUUAAACGAAACUGGUCCGUAUACAGUAUUUGCGCCGACGGAUAAAGCGUUCAGGAACCUAUUAGUACAACUUGGCGGUCCAGAAAAAGCUGAAGAAAAGUUCAAGAGCAAUCCUAGACUACUCAGUGGACUGCUGUUGCAUCAUAUCAUUCCUGGUGCAUUUGAGAUUGAAUCAUUGCAAGACGAAAUGACUGGAGUUUCUUUAGCUGGCACCCAACUUCGAGUCAAUCAAUAUCCAAUGCAUGACAAUGAGUGGAACGAUGUUAAGGUUACCACAAUCAACGGCGCGAAAAUAGUUGCUGAAAAACAGGAUAUUGGUAUACCUCAAGGCAUUGCCCAUGCUUUAGAUCAAGUCAUGUUCCCUCUACCAGUAGGUGAUAUAAUGCAAACCUUACAAACUGACAGGGAACAAAGGUUUACACAUUUCAUUAGGGCAUUGUACGCGAGUGGCCUGGCGGAAAUGCUGUCAGGUACAAAGACGUACACGGUGUUUGCACCAACUGAUUCGGCGUUCACGUCAGCAUUGGAACCAGAUGAAAUCCAAAGGAUAGUCACUGAUCCCACGGAAGCCAGAGAUCUGGUAACCCGGCACAUUUCCUCAUCGGCGCUUUUCAGUUCCGGAAUGAGGUACUACCAAGUCCGGGACAGUUUGGCGGAAGGAAGGGCCAUUACGCUCCAAAGAAACGGCGGUCGAAUUAAAGUUAACGACGGGCAAGUUGUGAGCACCAAUAUUCCAGCCACAAAUGGUGUCAUACAUGCUGUCGAUUCCCUUCUUUAA